GUUAUUUCGUUGAGAGAGAGAAAGAGAGAAAGAGAGAGAGAGAUAGAGAUCUGAGUCGAGGGAUCGGACGGUAGAGGAUGUUGGCGGUGUUCGAUCGGACGGUGGCGAAGAGCCCCGAGGGACUGUGGGGGCCGGAGGCGGCGGAGAAGGGCGGCGCCGUCGCCGGAGGCGGCGGAGCGGCGGCGGCGGCGGCGGCGGCGGUGCAGCACUUCACGGCAACGCGGGAGGGGGCGGUGACGGUGAACUUGGGAUCCUCGGGGGUCAUCGCGUACUCCUCGGAUAUGCAAAGCCCUCUCCUCCCGAGGUUAUUUGCUGCUGUAGAUGAUAUAUUCUGUUUGUUCCAAGGGCACAUUACGAAUAUUGCUCCACUGAAGCAACAGUAUGGAUUGAACAAAACUGCAACUGAGGUUAAUAUAGUAAUUGAAGCUUAUAGAACAUUAAGGGACAGGGGACCUUAUCCUGCGGACCAUGUUGUGAGAGAUUUUAAUGGAAAAUUCGCCUUCGUUCUCUUUGAUGGCUCGACGAAGAAUGCCUUCAUUGCUGCUGAUGCUGAUGGCAGCGUGCCGCUCUUCUGGGGAACCGAUUCGGAAGGCCGUCUUGUACUCUCCAAUGACGAGGACGUCAUGAAAAAGAGCUGUGGAAAAUCCUUCGCUCAGUUCCCCAAAGGUUGCUUCUUCACGACCUCGGGGGGACUGCAGAGUUUCGAGCAUCCGUUAAGCGAGGUGAAGCCCGUGCCGAGGGUCGACAGCAAAGGAGAGGUAUGCGGUGCUACCUACAAGGUUGAUGCCGGGACCAAGAAGGACUCGAGCAUUCCCAGGGUCGGGAGUGCUGCGAAUUGGGCUUCGCAGUUCUGAUUUCUGAUAAGCAUCUUCUGACCGCACUACUAGUAUGGUUUGGGAUUUGAUCGGCGGGCAUCGAUGGCGUGAAUUUAACUUUCUCCUAAGAUGUUGUGCGCUUUUAAGUUCCUUAAAUAAAGUACCCGGCUUUGUGUUUAUCUGUUGGAUUUCCCCCAGAGGUAAAUAAAUGUUCUUUUAAUUAUGGCUUAAAGAGUUAGAUAAGGCGGGCAUCGGUGGUGUGGAUUCAACUUUAACUGUUAUCUGGUGUUUGUGUUUGGGUUGAAUUUAAGGUCUUUUUGUUAAACAAAGCACCCGGCUUUGUUUUACUGUAUCUGAUUUUCCUUAUUGUAAAAAUAUAUGUUCUUGGAUUGUUGUUAGAGACAUGGUGUGAAGUUAAUGCUAGAACUACUUUUGUUUAUGUCCUA